GAUCAAUCCUUGUCUUUAGAUCUCUCCACGUCCUGUCUACAGUGUUAAUUUAGUCAUAAUUCGCCAUCAUGUCCGAACAAGUACAGGAAUUGCUCAACAUCCCUCAGGAGUUCCUUCGCGAUGGAAUGCAGUUUGUGAACCGCAGUCAGAAGCCCGACAAGCGCGAGUUCAUCAAAAUCAGCCAGGCCGUUGGCACCGGAUUCCUGAUUAUGGGGUUUAUUGGCUACAUUGUUAAGCUGAUCCACAUUCCUGUGAACAAUGUCCUUGUCGGUGGCGCUUAAAUUUAAUCCUGAACCUCAUUGCUGUUGAACGGAUACCGGAAGUCGAUUCGAACUGUGUCCGGGCUCGAUGAAAUGAACAUAAACAAACCGGCCCGUCAGUGAAGGAAUAAUGGAGAAGAGAGAAUGAAACUUAUACCCACGUCGCACCACAUCCCAUGUUUCGCGUGCAUUGUGCAGUCCGACAUUGCGGCAGUUCGCGCAUGCUCAACGGGGCAGAUCGGUCGUCGUAAAUUUUGGGAGCCGAGAAUGAGAUUUGCGGCAUUGCAUUCGCAUAUUACUACUUGAUCAGGGGUGGCGUUAAUGUUGUUUCUGUAACUGGAUCCUAUCUUCUUGUUUGUCCUUAAUAUAUCCAACUCAAUCCACGGCC